CGGUCAUAUGUUUCUUUGUGACGUCAAAUUAGAUCGUCGCUUACGUCAAAGCGCGUGCUUUCGUCUUAUAAAAAACCAUAAAAACACCGCAAUAAAGAAAUUAUUCUUGCUGAAAACAUAUUGCGGGUUCAAAAUGAAUUCGCUUCGAGUCGCCAUUGACAAUGGGUAAUGUGAUGUCAAGACUUGCAAUUAUAUUACGAGGAAGGAAAGUCACACCUGACCAGGUAUUUGACCGGUGAAAAAUCCAAGUUCACGUUAGGAUUUUGUUCAUUGGAUCUCUUUCUAGUUUACGAAGUUAAAAACCUAAUAAUUGUAUAGUACGUAUAACGUAUUCCUUUCAAAAGUUCAACAUUCCCUAUGAUAUUUUGAUGACUAUUGACCCUUUAUUUUUCGUGAUCUUUAGAUGCAGAUUCAUGUAUCACACAGGAACCUAACUUUUGAGAGAUGUAAUGAAACCGAACGCUUGGUAGAAAAGAAUGAACCAGAGCGAUGUAAUAAAACAAGCACUGUGGUUGACUCUUUACCACGGAGUUAUCACACCAUUAUGGCAGGGUCACCGGACCGAGAAGCGACUGGAAAUGAUUGCUUGGAAUGUUCGAGUACUCAUGAACAAAACUCGCAUAUGAUAUUCUCUACAAAUGACACUAAAUCCGCUGGGGAAAUGUUACUUGGUGCGGAGAGUAGUGCAAGAGAGGUAUCAUUUCCCGAAGGUUACGUGAAUGGAAAUAGCGUUAACCAGCCUGAUGUGACAAGCUGUGAUAUUUCUUCAGAAGACGUAUUAACAAUGGAAAACGCUGAAGACUCAACGUACUACGACUGUCGUAUCACAAGAGACAACCGCCCGUCACAGGGCGCUGAUGAACAUGGCGGGAACUUUGAUUCAUUUUCAUGGAUAAGUACGGACGGAUAUAGUACAGAAGGGACGGUUGGUUCAAGAUCAUUUGGGGAUAGAGAUGAUGAUAUAAUCGAUAGAUUACUUGUUGACAAUGUUGAUGACUUUGGAAUUAAUUAUGGAAGGUUAAACGAUGUCCCAAAAUCUUCGCUGACUCCGUUAAAUCUCGAAAUUUUAAACACCGCUGGUGAGCUGGAUAAACACGAAUGCGUGCGCAGUUACGUACAGGCAUGGUCACCGCUGAACCUACCAACCGCUGCAACAUAUUCAAAUUCGUUACCAGGUGCAUGUGUAGAUUUAGCUCUUGAAGAUAAGGCACAGACAUCACCGGAGUAUUACGACAGAUUCCAAUCUGAACACGAGGUCGAACGAAGUACUCCGAACGAGCAACGAGAUCUCGACGAAGUCGAUAGCCAAGAGUUUUGUUUAUUUUAUCAGCGUGAACACGGACCAGGCUUCAGAAGUCCCUCCAACAACUGGAAUCUUUUAAAGAACGAUCGCGCGCCAUGGAUAAAUACAGAAUCAGAGGGGGUUGAUAAGAUGGUAGGGGGAAGAGAAGGGUCUCUAGGGGAUAUUGAGGACAGUGACUGGCCCAGAGGAAUGGCUGACACCUGGCAAGAUUCGAAUAAAGGAUUAACUAUUUGUUCACUAUCGACAAUACACGAAGAGAGUGACGAUGCAGAUAAGAUUGCUCAAGACUUUUGAUUAACCAGUGAAGUGAGUGAACGGUUAAGCAAACGACAGCUUCAUAAGAAAGAACAUACGUUAUUCUAUACGUCGAAAAAGAUUUAUUUAUUGGUCUUAAAGCAAUUUCUAUCGUGAAAAGUAAUAUAUUUAAUUGUAAAAAAAUGUAAUCUCUGACUGUUCCGAUUCAGGUGCGCAAAUCGCCGCGCUCUUUAGUUCAUUUCAUGUUUUCUUACACGAAGUAUGGGCAUGCAUGAAAAGAAACUUUUCAAUAUGGCGGUGGUGCAGAGGAGUUGAAAAUUUAAUUGUUAAAAGCGUUCCAAAUGUGACCUGAUAUGCAAUCAUGGACAUUGAUCAGCAAUGUCCAAAAUGCAAGACUACUAAAUAUAGAAAUCCAAAGCUUAAACUCUAUGUGAAUGUUUGCGGACAUAAAUUAUGUCAAAACUGUGUUGACAUUCUCUUCAUCCGACCUUCUGCUGCAUGCCCAGAGUGCGGAACUCCGUUAAGAAGAAAUGAUUUCAGAGCUCAGCAAUUUGAAGACUUGAUUGUGGAGAAAGAAGUUGAUAUUAGGAAAAGAAUUGUAAAAAUUUACAACAAGAGAGAAGAUGACUUCUCUCAUGAACCAGAUCCUUUACGCUCGUAUAAUGAUUAUCUUGAAGAACUUGAAACAAUAGUUUGGAACCUUGCAAACAAUGUUGAACUGGAAGAGACAAACAGAAAAAUUGAACAAUAUAAAAAAGAAAAUGAAAUCUUAAUUAAGAAGAAUGCUGUGAAGAAUAGUCGUGAUGAGGAGUUUGUCAAAUCUCAAAUCGAAGCUGAAGGCAGAGAAAGUGAGGAACGUAGAGCGCAUUUUGCAAGUGCUCUGAAAGAAGAGGAACAGUCGAAAUUGAAAGAAAAAGAAGCAUUGCUUGAUGAUUUGAUAAGUUCUUCAAAAUCCGUCGAUGAAAUCGUCGCAAGCCACAAGCAAGUCAAAAAACCAUCGUUGUUCUUUAAAGCUGCGGAAUCGCACGUGUUCAAACUGAACAAAGAGGAACACGUCCCGUUGGUUUUCAAGGAAACUGCGCCAUGUUAUGUUUAUAAGCCGUUGGAAUUUGAAAACUUCGGACCACAGCCGCCAGUAGCUGCUGUCUUGAGGAGUAAAGGGUAUUUGUCGAACAUCCGUUCCGCUCAGGUAUUGGAGCGCGCUGGGGGGUACUCAGAAGAAAUCGCCUGCGAACGUGCUUUACAAGAAGCAUUCUCGGCGUUGUUCACGUGAUUGGCGAAGAAUUCAGGCGAACCCAUCCCUCUGGUGUUUGUUCAAUAUGGAAUUAGUUGUAGGCUGCAGGUAUUCAGAGGGGAUCGGGCCAACUUUCCGUGAAAUUGCUGAAUAUUGUCUGAAAAAUCUGGGCUGUAUUGGCGUGAAGAACAGCGUACUUUGAAAUGAUCAAUAUUGUUUCCGAUUCUAACCCAGACAUUCUCAUAAUUGUUACCGGGAUUAUUUGAUCAGUAAUUUAUGUUAAUAACACUAAGUACUGCACAUUUUGCAGUAAACCGUGAU